AUGUUGCAAACAGGUACACCUCUAUGGCGAAACGGGCCACCAGAGAAGCCGGUAUUGUGCAAUGCUUGUGGUUCGAGAUGGAGAACGAAGGGAACAUUAGUGAACUACACGCCGCUUCAUUCUCGUGCUGAAGGUGAUGAGAUUGACAUUGAGGAUCAUAGAGCUCAGAGGAUGAUGGUUAAGGGAAUAUCUGUGAACAAGAAGAUUCCUCCUAAGAGGAAAUCAUAUGAAGAGAAUUUCACAGUUAAAAGAGCUAACUUGGAAUUCAGCAACGGUUUCAAGAAGAAGGCUCUAGACGAAGAAGCUAGCAAUAGAUCGAGUUCAGGAUCAGUUGUAUCGAACUCAGAGAGCUGCGCACAGUCUAAUGCGUGGGAGACGAAUUUUUCUUGUAGGAAGAGGACAUGUGUGGGGCGUCCAAAGGCGGCUUCUUCUGUUGAGAAGCUCACAAAGGAUCUCUAUACUAUUCUACAAGAACAACAAUCUUCUUGUCUCUCUGGUUCAUCAGAGGAAGAUUUGCUUUUCGAGAAUGAAACACCAAUGUUGAUAGGACAUGGGAGUGUUCUUAUGAGGGAUCCUCACUCGGGUGGUCGAGAAGAGGAAUCUGAAGCUAGCUCACUUUUGGUUGAGAGCAGCAAGUCCUCAUCGAUACAUUCUGUUAAAUUUGCGGAGAAUAGAGGCGAAAGAUCUCAAAACUUUGGUGGAAAACCAAUAAAGCAGGAGCAACUCAAGAGGACCAAUACUCAAGUCUUGGGAAGACCUAGUUUACCACUCUGUAGCAUAGAUUUGAAGGAUGUUUUCAACUUUGAUGAGUUUGUAGGAAAACUCACAGACGAAGAACAGCGAAAACUGAUGAAAUUACUUCCUCAAGUUGACUCUGUUGAUCUUCCUGACAGCCUCAGAAACAUGUUUGAGAGUUCUCAAUUCAAAGAGAACUUCUCAUUGUUUCAGCAACUUUUGGCAGAUGGUAUCUUUGAGACAUCUUCAUAUUCUUCAUCUGGGUCAAAACUUGAAGACACUAAGACAGUUGCAAAGCUUGCUUUAUCCGAUCCCAAAAAAUCGCAUUUGUUGGAAAGCUAUUACAUGCUCAAGAAACAGAGAAAAGGGACUGAAGAAUCUAUUACUACAACAUCAAGGGUCUCAAACCCGAAUCCAUCGAAUAAUAAUAGUCUUCUAACCAUUGAAAGACCCUGUGAAAGCUUAAACCAAAACUUCUCAGAGACAAGGGUUGUGAUGAGGAGCCCUAAAGAAGUGGUGAAGAUUAGAUCAAACCACAUCGAAACCGAAGAGAUUUUAGAGAACAGCUCUUCUUUUAACCCAAUGAGCUAUAAUGGUGGUUCUAUGGUGUAUGGCUAUGAAGAUAAUGAUAUUUCUGAUCACGAUCUUCUUCUUGACGUCCCGUCGAAUGGAUCAUUUCCUCAAGCAGAGCUUCUUCACAUUAUUUGA